GACGCUCUCAUCCAAUAGAAAAGUUCGGUCUGAACGGGACGCUCCGGUGGGUGGGUUGUGUCUGGGGCCGAUGCGGUUCGGGUCCAGGUGUGCCAUGAAAACAGCAAACUGAUUUUCUUUUUUUUCUUCCUUCUUCAUCCCGUCUCAAAGGUCAUGCCCUUUCCAUCUGCCUACUUCCUUGCACCCGUCUUACCAUCCAUCUGAUUCACGAAGUUGCACAGACUCUGCCUACUGCCCAUCAUGGCUUCCACAGCUUUAUUACUGCUAGGCCUCCUCUCCUCUGUGCCCUUCACAUUGGCGGUCUUGUUUGGUGAGCCCAGAAUAUAUGGAGAGGACGCUACCGGGUAUGGUCCCAUUUUUGAAGAGGAACCUAUGGAUGUCGUCUACACCGAUGACUCGCCUGAUAAGAGGAUCUCCAUGAACUGCAGGGCACGUGCAAAUCCUCCAGCCACAUACAGGUGGCGCCGGGAUAACUGGGAAAUCAAGCUAAUGGAGCAACCUGAUGAGCACUACAGCCUAGUUGGAGGAAACCUGGUUAUCACUAACCCAAUCCAUAAGAAACAUGCUGGGACCUACACGUGUGUGGCAAGGAAUAUCUACGGCACUGUUCUCAGCAAGGAGGCCAGGGUUAAGUUUGGAUAUAUUGAGGAGUUUCCUGAUGACGAGAGGGACCCGGUGUAUGUUAAAGAAGGUCAGGGAGCAGUUCUGUUGUGUGCCCCCCCAAAAGCCUGGCCACAGGAAGUAACCUAUCGCUGGAUCUACAAUGAGUUCCCAGUUUUCCUGCCCACAGACCGCCGUCGGUUUGUUUCCCAGAAGACGGGGAACUUGUACAUCUCAAAGGUGGAAGCUCAGGAUGCAGGAAACUACUCCUGCUUUGUUUCCAGUCCCAUUAUAGGAAAGAGUGUCUACUCCAAGUUUAUUCCUCUCCUUCCUUCACCUCCAGAGGAUGGUAAGGAGAGAAAAUAUCCAGCAGACAUUAGGGUGAAGUUUCCAGACACCACUGCAAUGCUGGCCUCCAAUAUUACAUUGGAGUGUUUUGCUCUUGGAAAUCCCAUCCCACAUAUUGUGUGGAGGAAGGUGGACGCAACGGACCUCCCUGCCAAUCAUGAGAUCAGCGAAUCAGGCGCCGUGCUUCAUCUGUACAAUGUUCAGUAUGAGGAUGUUGGAGCCUAUGAAUGCGAAGCCAUCAACACCAAAGGAAAGGACUGGCAUAAAGCCUGGCUUUAUGUGGAGUCUGCACCUGAAUGGGCAGAAACUAUCAACAACACUCAAGUGGACAUUGGAUCAGAACACACAAUGCGCUGCGUGGCUUCAGGAAAACCCUUCCCUUUCAUCCGUUGGUACAAAGAUGGAUAUAUGUAUGGGAAAGGCGAGCUGAAAUUUUCCAGUCUAACUUUUGAUGACUCUGGGAUGUACCAGUGUAUUGCUGAGAAUUACUGGGGCAUCAAAUAUGCCAACGCUGAGUUGCGAGUUGUUGCCUGGGCUCCAACAUUCGAGCUUAACCCUGUAAAGUAUCAUCUACUUGGAGCUAAAGACGGACGUGUGGUGAUUGAGUGUAAGCCAAGAGCUGCUCCAAAACCUCGAUACACCUGGACAAAGGGCAAAGAGGUCCUCUUUAACAGCUCACGCGUUUCUGUCAUGCCCGAUGGUAGCCUGGAGAUCCGCAACGCCACCAAAAAUGACGAAGGUUUUUACACCUGCUUAGCUGAGAAUGACCGAGGGAAGGCUAACAGUUCAGGAUAUCUCAUCAUCACAGAGGCAACAAGUAUCACGGCAGCACCUGAGGACUCCGAGGUCAGAGUUGGAGACGAAGUGAUCCUCCAGUGCGCUGCUUCAUAUGACCCCAUGCUGGACAUCACUUUUAUCUGGGCCAUUGACUUCAGAGUCAUUGACUUUAAUGCUGAGUGGCAACACUAUGAACGAGUAAUGAAUGAAGAUGGAGUCGGUGACAUGAGAAUAAAAAAUGCACAGAUUUGGCAUGAAGGUCGCUACACCUGCACUGCUCAAACCGUGGUGGACAAAGACACUGCUUAUGCAGACCUGAAAGUCGUAGGUGUUCCUGGACCCCCUGGCGUGCUCCGGAUCGAGGAGAUUGGGGAUACAUGGGUGAGGCUUUUGUGGUCCAAAGCAGCUGAGCACAACAAUCCUAUUUUGUACUACACUAUUCAGACCAGACAAUUCUGGGCUCUGAAUGAAGACGACUGGAGGAAUGCUAGCACAUCUCCAACCAUUCUUUAUGGGACUAUGGAGAAAGCAGAUGUCACAGACUUAUACCCUUGGAUGGUGUACCAGUUUAGAAUCAUCGCCACCAAUGAGUAUGGAUCUGGGGAAGCCAGUAUACCUUCCCUUAAGAUCAAAACCUGGGAUGCUCCUCCAGUCGUUUCUCCCACAGACGUGGCAGGAUAUGGAGGUAGAAAUGGCGAGAUUAUCAUCACAUGGAAUCCUGUGCAGCCCUGGUAUUUCUAUGGAAAGAAAUUUGGGUACAUUGUUGCUUUUAAGCCUCACGAUGCCUACGACUGGUGGUAUGAGACCAUUUCAGACCCUGAGACAAGAAGAUAUGUUCACAGAGAUUCCUACUUCAUUCCAACCGAGGAGGACUUUCAGGUGCGCGAGUUUCAGGUGAAGAUUAAGUCAUUUAAUGUGAAAGGAGACGGACCGUACAGCCUCACCAAGGUCAUCUAUUAUCCAAGGGAUGUCCCAACAGAACCUCCCACAGAUGUCUACGCCAGGCCAGUGUCCUCCACUGAAGCUGUGGUUUGGUGGCUGCCUGUUGUUGAUACUGGAACAGGCCUGCAGCAGUAUAUUGAGGGAUACCAGGUCAAAUAUUGGAGAAAAUAUGAUGACCCAGAGCCAGGAGCAAAUCGCAUAUUUGUUCCAGGUACAGUCAAUCAGACCCGGCUGGAGAAUAUGCUGCCAGAUUCACACUACCUCAUUGAGGUCAGGGCCUUCAACGGAGCUGGUCUUGGACCCCCUGGUGAACACUGCGAGAUGUUUACAAAGAGGCCACCACCUUCCGAGCCUCCCAGAAUGUGGCGCUAUGUCAGCUGGACAGGACAGUGGUUGUAUGUAUGGUGGGACCAUAUCCAGUACGACUGGCUUGGGAAUGUUUCUUUCCCCCUGUACUACAAGGUCAUGUUUAGAAAGACGGGGUACAUCUAUGGGAAGGUCUACAUUACUGGCUGGCACUUUAUGGACUUCCCAAUGCCUCAGUUUGGAGACUAUGAACUGAUGGUUCGUGGUCGCUAUGAAGGGGGAGAUGGCCCAGUCAGGAUGAUAAGUAUUAAGGGUAAAGCAUCUCUGACCACACCAACAAUACAUUUCUUAUUCUUGUUGCUGCUGGCGCUGUGUAUUACAGGUUUGUAAAGGUAAUCGUAAAGCAAGUAAAUUGUAUAUAAUGAACUGCAGAAAGCAAAUACUUGAACCUAAUGGAAGAUUGAGUCAUCAUGAGAAGUCUUUACACUGUAGUUCAAUAGCUAGUAUCCAUUUUUACAGUAUUUGUGAUAGUACACUGAAGACUUUUGAUUCCCAAAUAAAAUGGUUUGUUGCCAGGUGCAGUUAUUCUAGACCAUGUACUGUACAAAGACAGCAGCAUGAUAUCUAAAAGGAAAAGUGAGAAUUUUAGCUGGAGUUUUCAUAAACACAAGAACAAAAAUGCAGAGAUUCUUUUCACUGUAAAUGAAGACAGAUGAUGACUGUUGGAGCCCAUAAUUGAAACACUGCUUAGAUAGAAAUACAUGUGAAGAAAAGUCACUGCACUAAAAACCUGUUCUUUCAAUCCUUUUACCUAUUAUUUUAUUGUAUUUUUUUUUUAAAUAGUGUGGAAAAGGAGCUUGCAUUUAAACAUUGUGAACCACCUUUAGAUGUUAAGAACAAUCACUGAAAACAAAAUUUUAAGUGAUUGUUAUUUGGUGAAUUUGUUUUGUCUAGUUUUUUUUUUUUAUAAAACAGGAGCACCUUUUAUAGAAUAUUUUUUUUUGUCUUUGUUAAACAUUCUCCUGGACAUUUUUUACAAGGUGCUGUGUGUUCUGAAUUAUUCAGUGCAACACAAUCCAUGCUGGUACUGCUGAUUUACUUUAAAAACUGCCGGGCUUCAAAAAAAAAAAAAAAACAAAGGAACAAUUUGUCAUAUAUAGCUAACAAAGUCCUGCAGCUGUGGGGCUGUGGUGGCCACCUCCAAAGCAUUCACUGAUGGCCCAGUCCUCAGGGAACAGUCAGAACUCCAUCGCGUCCAAAUGAUGAAAAAUGUACAAAAUUUGCCAACUUUUCCAGAGCAUCUCUUUGGUCAGUUGUGCAAAUAAGGUGAGGCUGGUAUUUAGCAACAGCUUACAGCUACUUUCCUUACUGAAGAGUUGGCAUAGUUGCAACUAAAUUUCAUAUACUUAUCAGCAAUAGCUUGUGCUUAUAGCUCCUUAGAAUUUUAAAGGUUAUUGUUAUCUUAGGUAAACAAACUCAUUCUUAAGUGUGAACUCAAGCCAUUUACCCAACCCACUGACCUUAACAUUAUCAUACAGCAUCAUUUUCCCAUCUUCGUUCUUAUUUUAUUUCCGCUUAUGUGAGGUCUGAUCAGGUCUCUGUAGGGUUCAAAUUGGUCUGUGAAGAAUAGCAAAUUUUCUUCUCUCUGUGACACAACAAAUGGGUUCACAAUUUUUGACCCAUGGUUUGUUUAAAACUUCCCAGUUUCUGCCCUAACAGCAUAAGCCCAGCAGUUUUUUUUUUUUUUUUUGUGCAAAUUAAAAAAAAUUGAAACCCAUGAAUCAUGGAACAAGAUGCAUUUUAACAGGCAGGAGGUAAGGUGCUUGGCUGAUAUACACAUCUGUAUGUAUCAUAAUGCUACUUUCCUUUAUGUAAAGCUGGAAAACUAUUAAAAUAAUUCAACAGUCA